AGCAACAACGCAGUUUAAGUUUUGGCAGUGGAAAUUAAAAGCUGUAUGGGAAUUCCAUACGUGCAAAUGUAUGGAGGGGGUGGGGGGGAAUUGGUAGAGUAUUUAAUCAUAAUCAGUUAUUAUUUAUGCAUUGGGAUGGAAGGAUUUGCUGAGUUUGAAAAUCAAGAGACUGUUUCCGCGUUGGCUCGUUAUCCUUUGCUCUUUGUUUCCCUUUGUCCGCCACCAUAAAGUUGCUGACCGGUUUUGCUUUGAUACUUACCCCUUUUAUUUCUUCCCUCGCUUUAUUGUUUUUUCUAAACUAAAUCGCGAGGUGCGCAGCUGCCAGGACCUAGCUGUUCAGCCGACUGCUGGAGGAGAUAUGGAGCCGCUGAAAAUCGAGUGGAUCGGCUCUCCCUGCGGUUCCCACGGACCGUACACUUUCUACAGGGCUUUCAACGUACUGGUGUCGGGCUCCUCCGGCCAGGACAAGGCGCCGAGGACGCUGACGGCCAAGCUCGGCCAGUUCCUCUUUGUCAGAUGCCAGCCCCAUGAGCCCGAGUGCAUCGCCGAGCUCCAGCUCUUGUGGGAGGACCGCAGCCGCCAGCAAAUGCUGGCCAGCACCAGGCUCUACUUCAGCCCGGAAGAUACCCCGCAAGGACGCGACCUGCACCACGGCCAGGAUGAGGUCAUUGCAGUCUCCAAAAAGGUAAUUAUCCGACUGCCUGAUCUGGCGAAAUGGGCCUGUAUUAAGACUUCACAGUGGGCUAUAAAUGCUCUGGAAUCCAAACCCAACACUAUGAACUUGGACAUUAGCGAACACAAAGAGGAAUCUGAACUGAACAUCAGUCCACCAUCAGACUGCCACCUCACCUCAAAUAAUGUGGGAAGUGAAUGUGAACAUUCAGGUUUCCAAGGUAACCAAUCACAAGUUAAAGUAUUAAGCUAUCCCCAGUAUUGCCGCUAUCGGGCAAUUCGAAAAAGAAUUCAGAAGGCAUCAGCCGAGUGCGUUGAUGAAGCACAGUUGCUGGCUCUUGGAGGGAUCCUUAUGAUGGAUCUGAACACCACGAUUCUUUAUUGUCGAGAAACAUUUGAACAUCCAACGCUGGGGAAUAACAAGUCUAUUUGUGAUGAGUUUGCACCUCAUGUCUUGACACGGACUUCAGCCAGGAGAGUGGUGCGGACGAGGCUACAUAUUACUGCACGACCACAGUCAUUCACAUUGCUCCAUUAUCAACUGACAGGAGCAACCGACAUCAAAGGACGAUCCCGCAUGAAGAAGCGUAAGAUUACAAUGGUCGACGAGAGUCCCUCGCUGGAGCGUCCGCAGUCCAGCCAGUCGGAUGCCAAGGAGAAAAAGGACAAAGUUGACUCAGAAAAUAUGGCAUCCGGAAAUGCACAAGCAGAUCACGCAGACAAUCCAAGUGAGCUGCUUUCUGCAGAACAACGCUUCCUAAAGGCCUUGCACAGCUUCAUGUGUGAUCGCAAUACCCCCAUUGCCAGAAUACCUCACCUGGGCUUCAAGAAAAUUGAUCUGUUUGUAAUGUUCACUGUAACACAACGCCUUGGAGGAUAUGAGGCAGUAACUGCCCGCAGGUUGUGGAAACACAUUUAUGAUGAACUUGGUGGUAAUCCAGGGAGCACCAGUGCUGCCACUUGCACAAGGAGACACUACGAGAGGUUGAUCCUACCUUAUGAACGAUACCUCAAAGGGGAGGAGCACAAACCACUGCCGCCAGCCAAGCCGCGCAAGCACGCAACAAGCACGUCCGAGGACUCGGAGAAAGAUGUUAAAACUAUAAGUGAGGAGCAAGACGUGAAAAUGAAGAAAGGUCAGGACACGAGUCGGAUAUUUGAGAAGGAGGAUCAACAACCAAGAGGUGAAAGAUGCCAAGAGAAUAGACAAAGGACUAUCUCUGCUCAACACUCAAGUACUCAGGGCAACUCUCAAGAUAAACACAUACAAAUACUAAAAUGUAAAAGCCAAGAUAAUGCUGCAUCAAUUGCAGUGGAAUGUUCCAGAAGCAAGGCUUGCCCACCCACAGGACUGGGCACAAGUGAGAAAGUGGAGUCUAAAGUAUUUCGACAGCAUGAGCACAAAAUAAGAAACCAGGAAAAUCAAGUGUGUCCAAAUACAGGACAUAAACCGAAGUCACCACAUCACCCUCAGGACUUGUCCAGUGGCCCCAGGGUUAAACAAAGCCUGGGCACAGAGAGUAGUAAGCACAUCUUUCCAAAUGCAAUGUUCCAGCAUCUUCACUCCGGAAUUCUAAACUUCCAGUUGCCUGAAGGCAUUUCACCUCUUGAUGUUCUCAAAAGCAGGCUUGGACUGGCUACAUCCAAGGAUCUAUCCAGACCCACUUUGCAACGGGCCCUCAUCGUGGAGCGGGCACAGAACAUCACGUUGGAUAGUCAGAAGAUCAAAGUAUGCAGCAAACCUCUGGGAGAGCCUGGAACGCACAAUGUGGCAGGACUAAAGAGGAAAGAAUCAAAAGGGGUCCCUCAAACAUCGAAGAGGCUUGGUUUUGGACAAGUAAAUGGAAUUCGACUGGUGAAAGGAAAUGCAUCUACAUUGCCCUUGUUCAAUAAUUUGAGUUCCGUCAAACAUGUUGCAAUUUCCAAGGAAGAGCAUGAAUCUAAACCAAGACCAAUGGGACGACUUGUAGGUAAUGGCAGUGGAACUCCACAAGGCUACUCAAUGAAGGACAGUUUGGUGGAGGUAGGUUUGAACUUGAGCAAGACCAAGGAUAGCAGCUAUAUUUAUGACCAUAAAGGACAACUGUAUGAGAUUUUACCUCAGAAUUUAUCUAAUAAGCAGUUACCACCAAAAAAUGAGCCUUCUAUACGAUACAGGGAACAGUCCUCACCACUAAAUCUCAGUAAGUCAAGUAGGAGUUUGUCAGGAAAGAGAAUAGCAGAGUUCAUGGAUGCAUCAGUCUGUGUAUCACAGAAGGGUGUCCCUAUUUAUCUGUUUCCUCAAUCUCUGCAAAACCUUUGUGAGAACAAGGAAAGCCAUAAGAAAAAUGAGCAACCGAUCAAGAAGCUGCGCCUGGAUUCCUGUUGCACAGAGGUGAUUGAUCAGAGAAGAGAAUCUAUUCAUUCGGAUCAUAGCUCUGGUGCAGAGUCACUUAGUUCAUCACCCCUGAGCCUAGGUUCUGGAGUUGUGUCUGAAGAUGUGCCCACAGACUUGAGUUUACCAAAAUAUCCUAAGACUCAAAAGCUAGAUCCUACUGCAACCAAUAACGAGAGUCCGCCGGCCAAAAAUACUAGAUUGAACUCUGAGCUCGCAGGUAAGCAACCAACCGAUCUAUCCACGUUGUCAUCCUUUCCUGCUGUAUUAGAAACCACCACUACAUCAGAUGGUAGCCAGAGAGCACCAGCAAAAAGCAGUCUUCGUUUACCAUCUGGGACAUCCCUAAAUUUGGGUCAAUCAAAGAGCUGUCAAGAGGAGCUUCCCAAAAGCUCUGAGAGGAGACAGUUCCCAAUACGCAGCGAGCAAAGACUUCCUCCACCUCAUCUUGAAGAGUCGAGGAAAGAGAGCGUAGAACCAACUGGAAAGAAGUCACUUCUGUCCGGCUUGACCAAAGCCAGCCAAGAGAGAAAGCCUCAAAGGGACCAAGAAUCAAACCCAUCCAAUAGUCAGGAUUUGUCCUCGGAGGAUGAACAGGACAACAAGAAAGGAGCACUCCCGAGCUCGUAUCUGCAUGGAACCCAUUGCCCUGAGUUUCAGAACGUGACGGAAAAAUUUGGAGCCCACUUUCAGCUGGUUGAUUUGAAUAAAAAUACAGUGGAGGAAGGAAAGUCUGAUUCAGUUGUGGUGCCAGUAUUGGCAUCUGGCCUUCCCGUUUCACCCGCUGUGGUUCCUGGCUCCGUGCAACGUCAACAACUGCUGGCUUCCCAUUCACAGCAAAUGUACAGCCAACUUCUGCGGACCUCGGUGCUGCCCAGCUUGGCUUACGAUGAGGUGGUAAUACGUAGACUAUCGUCCAGCUCAUCAGCACUAUCUCCCUCACACCUCUCCACUGUGCUCCCCGAAAAGCGAAUGUGAUUGGCUUUGUUGUAUGUCUGAAUCUCAUCCAGCCCGCACAAGAUUUCACCUGCGCUCGGUAAUCUCGUCUUUUGUAUGAUGGAACAAAAGUGCUGUUAAAAUAAUUUCCUGCUCCAGCUCACCAAAUUGUUUCAAGCAGCAAAUUGCCAAUCUGAGAGGAAGGAUAUUAAGCCACCUGUGUCCUGGGUGCUCUGAACUAAAUACGAUAAACCAUGUGAACAAUCUGGUGAUAUUCUGACUUCUUUACUUGACAUCUGAAGAGGGGUGAGAUCCACCUUGCAGCUCCAUUGGCCGCAUGGAAUGGUUGUGGUGUUGCAUUGAAGCUUGUGAGGGAUGGCAGCUGGGCAGCUGAAACUGAUCGAGCAUCAAUUUGCCAAAUUUGUCAAGACUUUAGACUUUGCGCAAGAAAGUGCUACCACUAAAGAAGAAAAUAAAACAAUCAAAUGUAAUGAUACUACUGUUAUUACACAUUUCUCACAGAAAAAUGGGAAUUAUACUCAGGGAGGGAUUUGUAUAAUGAACUGCUCUUACAGACGGAUCACAAACUUCAAUAUCCUAUGGUCUCAAGUGCCAUGAUGUUGGAAGUGUAAAAGGUUGUGAUAUGUUACCACUGAGAUGGAGGUGUUGCCUAUCUGUGAAGAAUGGACACGACUUCUUACAGAUACUGUGAAGUAACAAAUAUUGUGGUCCAAGGUGUUGCUCAAGCAUUUGAGAGGAAGAGACUCACAGCUCAAUAAGAGGAAUCUCCUUACAAGGGCCAGCCUCCUCCAAUACUUGAGUGCCUCUGUUUCUGUCCUCGUUGCAGAAAGUCAGGGUAUGGGUUUUCUGUUCGGUUGGCAUGCACAUGACUACUAAAUACCGUGGAAAUCUGUUGAGGUUAAUUUAGGUUUGCCAAAGAAGAAAACAACCUUAACUAGAGACUGAUUUUAUCAGGGAUACUUGUUCUAUAUGUCCUUUGCCUCAUCUAAUCUCCUUGCCUAUUGAUUGUAAGUAAGUGGUUAUCAUCCAGAAAUGUCAUCUAAGGAAAACUGCUGUUCCAGUGGCUUGUCCAGGGCAUUUUUCCCCCCCCCCCAAGUUUUAAAGAUGUACUUGCCCUUUGGAGAAGAAUAAGGUUUCCACAAUAUAUGUAUAGAUGGUAUGCAAAUUACAUUGAUCGUUUUUGAAACAGAAAUUGCACUGGGUGAGUUUGAACAAAGAGACACAAGCCAUUUGGAGCCUUGUCAGCAUUAAUGCCUUUUCCAGACAUGGUUAUUACACCUCUUCAAGCUAUUGGAAACCCGAAAUUUGAGCUUAGAUUUAAUAUUGAACUAUUAGAUACCACCUUCUGGAUUCUCAACUGGUCUUGCGGAGUUUCUGUUUUGACAGAUGUGCUUCCUAAGUCAAUGCAACCAAUUUAAACAACUAAUUUUGAACAGUUCCUCAAGAGUUGUACUUCAAAGUGGUAUUGGUGAUCUAAGAUGAAAGAGUGGCAGACACCCAUGAUAUAAUUGUUUUAUAGGACUAAGUAUGUUUUUAAGUUACAAGUACUGUAUGCAUAGCUGAAAAUAGUGAGCUAUCUUGCAUGGACCUUGUUUACCCUCUGAAAGAUCAAAGAUAAUAAUAUAAAAUAUAGACUUUUACACUUGUAUGUAUAAAUGACACUAGGAUUUCCUUGCAGAUUGUAUUGAACCUCCUUUUUUGUAGGUUGCUCUUUUAAUGAUUUAAGUGUAUGUAAUUACAAACAUUCCUAAUGGUUCAUUAUGCAUGUUAUCAGUUACAAACUUUGGCUGAGAUCUGAAAAAGAAAUGGCUGUUAACAUUUUCAUUAUUUAUUUUACAAUAACAUUUUCCAAAGUUCUAUUUUAAAAAGUUAACUCUUAUUUGUUAGGUGGUUAAAUUUUUUCCAUCAUCUUUGCUAUUUAGAAAUCACUGAUUUUAUGUUAAAGAAACUAUUUUAGAAUUGUCAAAAGUUUUGGCUGUCAUAGUUGUUCCUUCACCGUCCUCUUCUUUCAAUCCCAAAUAAGAUUAAAAAUAACAGAAGUAAUUUAUAUCCCUAUGCAAAAUUAGGCUAAGCACUAUAAUCCUUGUUAACCAGGUUGAUCAAAUUACACAGCUGGAAAUAAAAGGUGAUUUUGUUGCUGACACCCACUGGAACAGUCAGCUAAUCAGUCCCAAUGUCUGCAGUUACAUGAUGGAAGUUGUCCUACUCCAUGUUGAAAUAAUUUCCUUUACAUUUUUAAAAAUAAAUUCCCAAUUAUUCCUGACUGCUUUGGUUAGGUUAGGACUUUAUCCUUGUAUUCUCAGGAGUAGAUCUCAGACAGGAAUUGGCAAAAUAGUAGCAGAAAAGGACUUUGUGAUACCAUGUGUCUUGUGGCCUUUCCGUAAAUACUGUCACACAGUUAGAUGUUACUAAAAUGAAUGCAAGACCACAAUUGGCCUGUUUUUGUACAGUGCAUCAGGUGGCUUAAAAUAUACAAUUGCACAUUUUUCACAUAUAUGUCAGCAGUCUGCAGAUUUCCAAAACCUCUCUGAACCUUUCAUGGAUAAUCAAGGAAUGGGCCCAAAGCUAACCCUUUACACGUUUAGUCCUGAUCCUUUUCCCGAUUUAAAUGGAUCUCUACGCUUUGAAGGCUAUCUUAUAAUUCAUAUUUCCCAACAUCUAGGAAUAUGGUACAUAUGAUAUGGCAGCUGAUGAGUCAGCACUUGGCAGCUUGCUCAAUGUAAUGCUAUGUCAGGGUUACACUGAAACAAAACUGGUGGUUGUGGCAUAAGCACCUUGCUGAGGGAGUUGUUGGAAUCAAUUCCAACCCUUGUUAUGAAUUAUAUGGCGAUUCCGUUGCAGUGUCAUAAAGUAUUAGAGGAUGGAAAUGGACUCUUUGGCCCAAUUUGCCCAUACAAACCAAGAUGCCCCAUCUACACGUCCCACCUGUCUGCACUUGGCACAUAUAUACCUCUAAACCUUUCUUAUCCAUAUAUCUAUCCAAAUGGUCUUUUAAAUGUUGGUAUAGUACCUGCCUCAGCUACCUUUUCUGGAAGUUUGUUCCAUAUACCCAUCACCCUCUGUGUGGAAAAAGUUGCCCCUUGGGUUUGUAUUAAAUCUUUCCUCCCUUACCUUAAACCUAUGUCCUCUGGUUAUUGAUUCCCCUAUUCUGGGUAAAAGACUGUGCUUUCACCCUAUUUGUUUUCCUCAUGAUCAUACACUCCUAUAAGCCUGCCCAACCUCAACCUGGAGUUCAGGUUCUCGUGUCCUGGAAAUAUACUCAUAAAUCUUCUGCACCCUUUUUCUAGCUUAUCACCAUCUUUCCUGUAGUGGGUGAUCAAAACAAUGAUAAUAUUCCAAAUGCAGCCUCAAAUACAUCUACAACUGCAACGUAACAUGCCAACUUCUAUUCAGAUCAGGAUCAGAUUCAGAUUCAAUUUUAAUUGUCAUUGUCAGUGUACAGUACAGAGACAAUAUACUAUAUUGUGCUUCCUAAGUCAAUGCAACCAAUUUAAACAACUAAUUGGUUGCUAUAUUCUAUACUCAAUACCCUGAAUGAUGAAUGCCAAUGUACUGAAAGCUCACUUGAUCACCCUAUCUAACUGUAACACCACUUUCAAGGAACUAUGUACCUGCACUCCUAGAUCCCUCUGUUCUACGACACUAUCCAGGCUCCUAUCAUUCACUGUGAAGGUCCUGCCCUGGUUUGACCUCCCAAAAUGCAACACCUUACAUUUAUAUGUAUUAAACUUAAUUAACCAUUCCUCAGCCCUUUUGCCUUGCUGAUCAAGAAAAGAUCCUGCUGUCAUUUUCUUUUACCAUCUUCACUGAUUACGAUACCACCCACUUUAGUGUUAUUUAGUAUUAUCUAAAAUAAUUGUAACAAAAUAAUAUAUUGUACUGGAUGACAGCAUAUUUCACUGCCCAUUUAGCAGGUUGUUUUGGCCAUAUCAUGUGAGAAUAUCCUGGGAGACAUGUUGAACUCUUUUGCACAAAUACAGUCUAUUGGAUUCAAGUCAUCUGCAAUUCUGUUGGUGUCUUUCCAACUCGGCAUUCACAGUGAAAUGGAAAACUAGGGGGCUAGCUUUAGGGGAGUGAGUAUGUUAUGGACUGCCAGGUACUAAAGACACAAUAAAUGCUUCCAUGUUUGUCCAUUCAUGCCCUGGUGUGUGCUGUUAAUGGGGAAAUUCUUGAUUUAAAAGAUGAUACACGCUUUACGAAACAUAUGCAAACCCAACCAAUUACCAGAAGUUGAGUCAUUUAGGAUGUUGCUGCUGUGUUUGACAGCUUGGACCUUGUUAGGUUUCAAGUAUGCUUUGCCUCCUUUUACCUCCAACACCCUACCCAUAAUACUUUGUCAGAAAUAUGUGAAAGUUCUAUUACGUGCAGAAUGAUCAACAUCAUGUAAUUGAAGCCAGUGUAACCUGAUCUCAAUGGCUGAGUGCAGCUGCUCUGUUGAAAUGUAAUAAUGUGUGCCCCAUUCUGGUCACCUGCCUUAACUCAUCCUCUCCAUUUUGAUUUGUUAAAAAAUGUAGCAGCUUAAUGGCAGCAGUUUUCAAUCGGCAGCUUUGAACUGGCAAAGUAAAGGUUUGUGUAUGAGUAGCAAAUAAUCUUGUUUUAAAAUCUAUUUUUAUUGGAAGUGCUGAUCCAUAGUAUGCCAUAAGGGCUAGUCUAUGCAUUAUAACACUUGGAUUCUAACCUUUUGAUUCAAACCCCACUUUGCAUUUGAUUUGGUGGACUUUAUUCUGGUGGUGGACCCAAGUUUGUAUGUUCUGUGGCAGGUAAGCCCUGGUAGAUUUCGAUGAAGUUAGAUACAUAAAUCCAGUCACUUUUUUUCUGUCCAUCUCCCUCUUCCUGCUCUGCACAAUUUCCCAGAACACUAUUGCUACCUACACUUAUGGUUUUGGCUAGGACUCUGAAAGGGUGACCAGGAUUGAGCAUAUGAGGUGUUCGAUUUGACCAUCAUUCAUUUCUGCCAUCUCAGGGUUCAUUACAUCUUUUCUACUCAGUGCAUCAGCUUCUGUAACAAACAUAAAUUGAGCAUUUUUGUUUUCACAACAGUUAUUUCAUAUGGUGUUAUUUGAAGAUAUUUGACCCACAUGCCAACAUUCCCAGCAGCGACUGGAAACUCUUCUCUGGUGAAUACAUGCUGAUAGAGGGGCGUCAUUCAGAUUUUACUGUUUUACAAAUAGCAAAACCAUAGGUAACAGAACAGAUAAAUAACUAGAAUGAAAACUUUGGGGCAUAUAUCAAAUGUGGCAUUGUCUGCAUUUCUUUAAAAAAAAAACUGGUUAACAAUAUUUACUUUGUGCAAGACUUGUGAACUAAUCUUUUGGUGAUACUAGACUGAGGAAUACUGUGGUAUGUUCUUACUCUCCAUACUGUGGAUCAAGUGCUGUAUUCAUUAAAUGCGGUCGGAUGCACUGUUUCUGAAAUCUUGAUAUUUCCUUUUUAAUCAAGUUACAAAGAAAUGUACUGUAUAUAAUGGGGCCAUGUAUGAAUCACUGUAUCCUCUGGAACAUUGACUGACUCCCUUUAAGGAUCUGUGCAAAGAUUCAAAGUAUUUUUGUACAAUAUUCUGAUAGUUUGUAAGAUGUGUUUCUUAUAAUUUCACACUACAUUAUGCAGAUAACUACUUUUUGAUAAAAAUAUUUACAACUAGAUUAUUAACUGAUUUUUUUGUAUUUCUUCUUUUCCAGUAUAUUGCAAUCAUAUUAAAAAAACAUUGUAAAGAU